GAAAUAGGGUUGAGGACCACAUUUCGGCUGAUACGUGUCAGAAUUCAAGCGAAAUGUCUACAGACAAUUUGUGGGAAGAGCAAGCAUUGCCAAAAGAUUCAUCAGAUCUACCACUUCUUGACUUUGCUAAACUGGCUACUGCAACUGAUAACUUCAGUGAAAUAAAUAAGAUUGGAGCAGGAGGAUUUGGCCCCGUUUACAAGGGAAAACUGGAAGAUGGACAAGUAAUAGCUGUCAAAAGACUAUCUAGUCACUCUGGACAAGGAAUUGAAGAGUUCAAGAAUGAAGUCUUGCUAAUCUCCAAACUGCAGCACAGGAAUCUCGUCAGAGUAUUGGCCUAUUGCGUUCAUGGGAAAGAGAAGUUACUAGUUUAUGAGUACAUGGCUAACAAGAGUUUAGAUACUUUGUUGUUUGAUUCAAAAAAGAGUCAUCAGCUUCCCUGGCCAAAACGUUUCAACAUGAUUCAAGGCAUUGCUCGUGGCCUUCUUUACCUUCACCGAGAUUCUUGUUUAAGGGUCAUUCACCGAGAUCUGAAGGCAAGCAAUAUUCUGUUGGACGAUGAUAUGAAUCCAAAAAUUUCAGAUUUUGGAUUGGCCAGAAUUUUUCAAGUGACUCAAGAGCUAGCAAACACUAACAGGAUAGCGGGAACAUUCGGUUAUAUGUCACCAGAGUAUGCAAUGGGAGGACUAUUUUCUGAGAAAUCUGAUGUCUACAGCUUUGGCGUAUUACUACUAGAGAUUGUCAGUGGAAAGAGAAACAGCGGAUAUUAUGACCACGAAAGGCAUCUCAACCUUCUCAGUUAUGCGUGGCAGCUGCGGACUGAAAGCAACGGACUAGACUUAAUGGAUAAAUCAGUUUUGGACUCAGAUUCCUCUGCAACAGUGCUGAGAUGCAUACAUAUUGGCCUGCUUUGUGUCCAGGAUCAUGCUGUUGAUAGGCCAUCAGUGCCGUCUAUCGUUCUUAUGCUAAGUAGUGAGAUGGAUCUUCCUCAACCAAAGGAACCUACAUUUAUAUUUCAAAGAUGGUUGAAUUCUGAUACCCAAUCGCAAAUCAGCAAAACUCAGUCUGUUAAUGAUAUUACUGUCUCUGUGGCAGAAGGACGAUAACCAAUUAAAUAUGUUGCAUGUACCAUUUUAAUAUGUGUACACAGCUUGU